GCGGCGAUGUGUAGAGUUUUGAAGUUCUGAGGCGAAGGCAAGUUUUUCAAGUGCAACACGUCUACUUAUUUUUAUCGUGUGUGGAUGAGAAACACCAGUCUUUUGUGUUGGGAAACCAAGCAGACGAAAUAACAAUGACUGAUGUGGAAACGUUUGGCCAAGAGCAUUGCCAUGAACGAUCGCAUCAUUCUUAUCGUAUGCAGUGCAGACAGAGGCAGGAUUCAGAUGGAGAAGUCAAGGUGGAUCUUGUCAUAGAAGAAACAGAAAUCCGCACCAAUGUCAAGCAUGUCACCAUGACUAAGUCCCAAGCGGCUGAACUCCCCCACACAGCAUCCUCCAGCUCAUUCUGGAAGUCACUGAACAGCAAGGACGGCGGCACCACCACCACCACGAGUGUCCAUCCGAGUGACCUGUUCGUUAACCACACAAAGGAACUCAUGGAGCGAGCCAUGAAGGGCCACUCCUGGAUACACGGGGGCGCCACUGGGCUCGGCGAGGAACGGUCCGACGAGUCUGAGCAGGACGAUUCGGUGGACGAUUUGAUCGAUAUGAUCGACCGCUCAGAUCCCCAUGGGUGGACGCCGUCCUCUGGGAGCUCCGUCCAAGACCUCUUUGCGCCAGAAGAAGAACCUCGGUCUCCACCAGCGCCGACGCACAGCACCAAAGAACCCUGGUCUCCGCCGAGACACAGCACCAAAGAAACCCAGUCUCUCCUGACUCACUCCACCGACGCCAUUCUCCUCUCCGAAGGCUUCCCCUCUGACGCGGAGUCGGAGGAACUCCUCAUGGUCUCAGACAGCGAGGACGAAGACGGACAGGAUGCCAACGCAAGCUUUCGACUGGGCAUCAGCAAGUCCCCGGAGAUCCCCAUCACUCCCAACACCAGUUUCGUGUCCCGCUCCACCACAAGCCAAGACACGUCACCGGCUGUGCCAGCGGGCGUUACCAAGGCCGGACGGCGGUCUUUGAUUGGCCAGAUCAGAGAGGAAUCUGGCCGGGCGGGCAGCGAUGCCAGCGAGGGACUGGUCGUGGUUGACAGUAUUGCUGAGCAGUCCGAUGCUGAGAACCUCAGAGACGGGGACACCGAUGACAACAGAGAGACGAUGGCGAUGUCUGAUGACAACAUGUCCGUCUGCUCUAUGGUGUCGGGCCCCAGUGGGCCCCCGGUGUACGGCCCCGGGGGGCUGUGUGGACGCUGCCUGGGACUCAGCAACAGGAUGAGGAGACUCAACAGCAGCUCACAGCGCAGGGUCAAAGAUCCAUCCAAUCCGUACUACGACCAGUGGAUGCUGCUGAAACCCUGGUGUCUUCGAGGAAUACUCGGCUAUCGCAGAGAAAAGGGGAAGCUGUUUGACAAUCUCUCCUCUAUCUGGCGGCGGGCAAAAGGCCGAGCUGAAGGAGAGCCAGAGAGCCAACACGACAGCUGCACUAGACCUCAUGUCUUCAUGCAGAGAACGCUGCGUCAGUGCCAGAGAGUCUUGAAGAAAAAGAAGUCGGCUUCUAGGAAGGCAAAAGCAAAAGCAAAACGAAAGCCAUCGAGCUACUCCUUGCCCCCACUAAACCGCUCCAUGGCCCAACGCCAAUCUCAGGGCCGCAGCACAAAGCACUCUGCGAAGAAGAAAGGAAAAAUGAGUGUUGUGGAGGAACAGAGGAGAGAAAUGGAGAUGUGGAAAAGGAAGAUGAUGUUGAAGAAACAUGAGGAGACGAGAAGCAGGGAGAAGGAAAUGAGAGGCAGGGAUGAAGACGACUCUCUGGAACAGAGAAGGAGAGAAGAGCAGAGGAGGCGACAUGAGGAGUCCAGGAGGAGGGACAAACUUUCAUCUCAGGGCACAAAGGACACUGCAAAGAGAAAGAAAAGUGGCGUUGUGGAGGAUCAGAGGAAGAGGAGAGAUAAGGAGAUGAAAAGGAGCGACGAUGAACUUGCGUCUUCAGACCGUAGCACAGAGGACUCUGUAAAGAAAGGGAAAAGGAGCAUCAUAUCGCAACAAAGGAGGAGAGACGAGGAGAGGAGGAACAGGAGACAUGCGGAGAUGAAAAGGAGCAAGCAUCAACACCACAGUCACCAUAGCAGCCCAGAAGACUUGGUUAAGAAAGGAAAAAGGAGUGUCAAAUUGGAACAGCGGAGACUAGAGGUGACGGAGAGGAGCAGCGAUGACCUUGCCAGUCAACAUAGUAGUCAGCCACAGAGCCUCGAGCUCAACGCCCCCUCGCUCUGCAACGCAGAUGGACUUACAGACACAGACACGGACAGUUCUACACAGGCAAAUGAACAACCUGCAGCUGAAGUAGAUCUUGAAAUGGCAAGCGACACAGAGGAGCGAGGUGUCAGCGUCACCCCUGCUGAAAACCAUCCGCCACCUACAGACGUACCCCGUACAGCCCCCGAAGACACAGCAAGGACCGUGCGGUCUGGACUGGCAAAUGGCCCAGUAGAAGUCCGAGAGAGGGGCCAAAACAAAGAUUUGCUUGUCUAUGGACAUGCGGAUAACAAGGUCGCGCUUCAGGCCAUGAGGGUUGCAGAACACACCAGAGGCGGCGCGUGCAUUAAUCCCGCAUGUUUGAACUCUGUCAGGCAGCCCGUCGUAAUUCUACAGAAAUGCGACAGCAUCGAUGAGAGUCUGUGCACAGCCGAGGAACUGGAGCAGACCAGGCCAGCGUCACAGCAGCUGUCUGCCACUCACCGCCAGACAAGUACUGACACCUGUCCAGGUAAAGAUGCAGCAGUCGCGAAGGCCAACAACCAUGCCACGCAUGAGGAUGUAUGUGUAGGUAAAAACAUGGAAAGAAAAAAAAAACAUCACAAUGACACUGUUUCAACAACAACAAACGGGUCGUCGGGAAUGGGCCAGAGCGUUCACUCAAACAGGCCCCCGCUUACAAAUGUUAGUCAAGUUCUAAAUGACUGUCGAAGGGCCAGAACUGAGGACAUUAACUCUCUUGACUGUGACUAUGCCGCCACAGACCACAAGAGAAAGUUGCACUUGUCACACAGCGCGCCAGCCAGAGCCCCUCCCACCGCCACAGCCAUAUCGGGCGUCUCCAGGUUGAGCAAAAGCGCUAAAAGCAAGAACAAACUCACACAGCCUCCACGUGAGGAAGAGAAGAAGAAGGAGGAGGAGGAGGAGGACGACGACCUUUACGCGUUCCGCACCCCGACUCCUCCUGAGAUGCAGAGCUGCGAGCCGGUGAGGAAGCUGCGUCCGUUCGCCCGCACGUACGAGACGGGGAGGGCCCAGCCAGAGGACUCGGGCCUCAGGUCCAUGCUGUGCGCUCUGGACAGAAAUUGCAGCACCGUGGUGCGCGAACACGACACGUAGCGGUCAAAAGGGGGUCCAUUUCAAACUAGUCCCGCCCGUCCUCUCUAUUAGCUUGUGGCCUCCAUGGAGAAAACAAUACAGUCUCCGCUGUCACCUUAGGCAGAGCACCUUAUGGGAGACUUUUCCCCAUUUUAACAUUCUGAUUUCAGAUGAGAAAAUUACCUUUGAAUUGUUUGUGACCUUUGAAUAUCUUGGCGAGAUAUUGAAUAAAACUUCCAUCUUCAAUGCCGUCUUGCCUCACAUCACGAGGCCACAAGAAACAGAAGAGGACGAGAGGUGCUAGAUUGAGUUGGACCCGAGGAGAGACAUGGUGCCUCUUUAAAAAAUGAUUUUUUUUUGUACAUUUGUUUUGUAAAUCUCUUUGGUAAUGUAUAGUUUUAAAGUUAUUUAAGACAUUUAUUUAAGAAAGUUUUCCCCUCUUUUAAAUGUAUUCUCAAGUUAAGUCCGACCCAUGAUGGGUAAUAGUAAGACAAAGACAAAAUAGGAAGGCUAUGGUAGCAGAAGCUGAAAAAAAUCUUUACCGUUAAAACAAAGUUUUGUUAUGUACAAAUGUUGGUUGACUUAAAGUAUUAUACGAUUAAAGAUGCUCCUUUCUAUUAGAAA